AUGGAACUACUGAAUAAUGACCACUGUGAUCCUUAUAAACGUGUCCGUAAACCAAACAAUAAGCUAAAACUUAAAAGUAGCAAGGGAAGUGAUAAUACAAACAAGGAAGUAUUAAAAGGAGACGCAGUAAUAUCAACAUUAAAAGGUGAAAGUAACCAUACAGAAGAGGUUUAUAAAAUAAAUAAACAAGAGGGAGAGGGCAGAAUUAUUUCUUCGGGGACUACAGUGCAUGGGUUUCAUACAAAGUUUCAAGAACAAUUACAAACUGGGGACAUCAUAUUGGUUCAACAUCCUAAAAGUUUAAGUCUUGAAAAACGUCAAGUGUCGAAUAUAAUUAGUCAAAGAACUCUUAUUAUUGAUACAGAGUUCAGCACAGAUCUCAUAUCAACUUGUACAUUUAGCUUUAUAAGCAAGAGCAAUGAAGACACUCAUUUGCCUAUACACUCAGAUAGAAAUUGUAAGGUAAAAAAUGAAAUAAGUAAAUAUAGUGGUACUACAGUUUCAUAUAGAGAAAAAAAAGGUUUCUAUUCAUAUAAAACCACUGUAGAAAGUGUAGAUUCAACUCUAUCUAGAGAGGACUUAUUGGAUAUCCGUGUCAAAAAGAAUCGUGAUAAGUAUUGCUGGAUAUAA